CAUUUCGAGCAGUCAGACUGUUGGUUUGCAUUUUGAAAAAUCCCUCCGGCUCGUUUUGCAAGCGCGGCUGGCUGCGACCGCGCAUCUCCCCCUGUGCGCGCCCCGUUCCCCUCGCACGCUGCGGAUGCUCUGGCAGAAGUUGGGGCUCCCCUCUUGCUCCUCCCAGCGCUGUGGGGCUGGAGGCAGCUCUGACCCCUCCCAGGGAGGGAGCUGGGCAGAGGCAGCCGAGUGUUCUCAGCGCAGCCGGACCAGGGACCCGCUCCUGCCCAUCCCCAUCCCUCCCGCUCCUGCAGCCGGGACCUCUCCGGGCUCACCCCCGUGGGCACCGUCCUGUGCUGCUGUCCCCACCAAAGGACCGAGAUGGUGGCCACCUGCCUGCACCUGGCUGGAUUUGUCUGCAGCUUCGUAGGGUGGAUCGGGGUGGUUGUGGCCACGGCCACCAACGACUGGGUGGUGACUUGCGGCUACACCAUUACCACCUGCAGGAAAAUGGAUGAGCUGGGAUCCAAGGGGCUCUGGGCAGACUGUGUCAUGGCAACAGGGCUCUAUCACUGCAAGCCCCUCGUGGACAUCCUCAUACUGCCGGGGUACGUCCAGGCGUGUCGGGCGCUGAUGAUCGCCGCCUCCGUGCUGGGCCUCCCUGCCAUCUUCCUGCUGAUAACGGUGCUGCCCUGCAUCCGCAUGGGCCACGAGCCCGGCGCGGCCAAGUACCGGCGCUCCCAGCUCGGAGGGAUCCUCAUCAUCCUCCUGGCCAUGUGCGGCGUCGUGGCGACCAUCUGGUUCCCGGUGUGCGCCCACCGUGAGACCACCAUCAUGAGCUUCGGCUACUCUCUGUACACGGGCUGGAUCGGCUCUGCCCUCUGCCUCUUCGGGGGCUGUGUCAUCGUGUGCUGCUCGGGAGACGCGCAGACCUUCGGCGAGAACCGCUUCUACUACGGCUCGGGAUCCAGCUCGCCCACCCACGCCAAGAGCGCCCACGUGUAGACGCCCCGGGGACGCCCCACGGCUGCCAUCCGAUGCUUUGGCUGGUGGGUUCGUGCGCCCUGGGUUCGCUUCUGCUGACACAUGCGGCUGUCAGGCUCCCAGGGAGAGAUUUAGAAAAGCAGCACAAAUGUCUGGUAGUCUGAAGCAUUAUUCUCCCCAUCUCUUCCCCCCCUUUCUCUAGAAAGACAGCUCCAGCCAGCCCUACCUCUUGGUCCUCACCGUUUUGUCCCGACCGCCUGCCCCCAGCUUCUUGCAGCCAGGGUGGUUUGGGGUUGUGGGGUGGGGUUUAGGGAUUUUAGUUUGUCUUCUUGCUCCCCUGAUUAUAGGAGAGUUUAAAGCAAUAAAACAGAAAUGAGAGAGACACUUUCCCAUUGUUAGGAGGACUCUGACAGCUUCUCCCCCAUCCUCACUGAUUUCUCCCACUCAAGGUCACGGGUCUGGCACGGCUAGGGAGAGAGGAUAGGGAGAAAGGCUGUCCUCUCCCACAGGGCAAAUGUUUCUCUUUUGGAACAAGAGGAGGGGAUUUUUCUGCCUUUCUCUGUAAAUACUUUUGUAUGAGUCUGAUCAUUUUAGUAACAGUGUUUCCCCUACCCCCACAGUCAUCAGUAUGAAGGAAACAGAACCCAAAGGUCCUAAUGACAUGAUAGAUAACAGUGCCUUUUAAAAUAGUUAUAAAUGACUUUGGGGGCUCUAAUCCCUGCCCUCUGCUUCAGUUUCUUUUUUUUUUUUUCUUUUGUACAGAGCAGUUACUAAAAAGUGUAUUUUUACAUUUUUUUAAACUCCUUUCUUUCUUCCUCUAAGUUUGUGUUCUGUCUUGCCUCGUUAAAACAGCACAUUUUAACAUGCAGUAUAAUGUACCUGUUACAAUACAAUUCUGGUGAGUACUGAUGAUGCCUUUGUACUUUCAAUGAAAUACUGUACAAUAAAUAACAGAGUACCUGCAA